AUGCCCGUCAUGCGCCACGGACAGCGGCAAAACGCCAUUCUCAACUCCCCUAUCGUCCGUUCCUUCAUCAGACCCGUUCGCGCGAUCCUGCCGACCGCGACGAAGACGGCCUCUGGCGGAACGGCUUCGACGCAGGACGGUGCGAACGGAGCUGAUGGAGUGGAUGCGGCUGGCGGCGAGGCAGAUGAGGAGGGCGACUGGCUCAUCCCGACUCAGCCAAUGUCAGGAAGUAGUGCGGAUGUCAAGGGGAAGAAGCGGGCUCGCGAGGAGGACGAGGCUGGAGAUGAGUCUGAGAAGACUGCCGUGGAGUACGAUGCGGCAGCAGGGACGCGGUACGGCGAGGUAGUGCGGUACACCACCGAGAACUUGCCAGACGAGCUGGAGAAGUACUGGGCGCAGCGGUACCGACUGUUCUCGCUGUUCGACGAGGGCUGCGAGAUGGAUCGCGAAGGCUGGUAUUCCGUCACGCCCGAGAACAUCGCUGCGCAAAUAGCGGAAAGAUGUCGAUGCGGCGUUGUUGUCGACGCUUUUUGCGGAGUUGGCGGAAAUGCGAUUCAGUUCGCCUUCACGUGCGAACGAGUUAUCGCCCUCGACGUCUCGCCAGUCCGACUAGCCUGCGCCGCGCACAACGCCCGAAUCUACGGCGUCGCAGACAGAAUCACGUUUAUUCUGGCCGACUGGGUACAUUGGACGAAGGAGUAUGUCGAGCGGCUGCAAAGGGGCGAGGUGAAGGACGAGGACAAGGUCGAGGUCGUCUUCCUCAGCCCACCAUGGGGCGGCGUCGAUUAUCUCUCCGCCGGCAACUCGAACGAUUCGACGGCGCUUACAAACGGAGCGGCUUCAACCACUGCAAGACCCGCCAAGAAGUCUCGACGGUCGCUUCUCUCCACAAGCGAUUCGGUCCCACCCACUCCAACACCCAAACUUCCGCCCUCCUCUGAAUCUUCCUCUCCUUCCGCCUAUCGCCUCUCGGCUCUCGCUCCUCUGCCCGGCGCCGAGCUCUUCGCCCUCGCCCGCCAAUGCACGCCCAACGUCGCUUUCUACCUCCCUCGAAACGUCGAUCUUCUCGAACUCGCCACUUUGCCCGGCUUGAAGGAUGGCGAAAAGGUGGAGAUUGAGGAGGAGUGGAUGGGGUACAAGUUGAAGGCUGUGACGGCGUACUACGGCGAGCUUGCGGUCGGGAAUGGGUACGUUCAAGGGGAGGAGGGUAGCGGAGAGGCGGAGGACUGA